ACUGAGAUUGUGCAGUCUGGAAUACCCUGUGGUAAAUCUUCCCAACUCUGGGCAAUCUUUUUGGAGGCAACUGGUGCAAAUGGCUACGACACCACUUGGUUGCCUCAGCAUCUUUUGUGGGAAAAACCCCAGCACAUAACCCCCGCGGGGGCACACAAUGGCACCUCAGUGUCCAGUAGGGCUCGGAGCAAGAGGGUGACGUCUCCUAGAAAAGUAAUUCGCAAGCCAGAAGGUGACUUGGAAUCCAAAGGGAAAUCACCAUCAAUAGCUAACAACUUGUUGAAAUUACUUACUAGGACUUCGACUGGUUCAUUAAAAAUGGCUAAAGAUUCGAAUCCUAAUAGGUUGGUCUGA